AUAACAAACUAAUAAAAUAAUGGCAAUGAGAUAAAUGAGAAUGGCGGGUUUUGCCUCAAUUCCAAACGACCCCACAUCAUCAUCGCCGUUGAGAUUCAAUAGAGUGGGUCCCACUCCUCUCCACCUCAUCACCACCUCCGCCGGUCUCCGCCUCGGCGAUGUUCUCCGGCGGCGAUUCACCGCCGACGCUACUCAUCUAGGCCUGGUUCUCAACUCAUCUAUUGAGGAAGUUUUGCAUAGAAGAAUCCACCACUUCGAUGGGUAUAUAUUUCUUCAACGGUCAUACGAUGCUUGGGCAGCCAAAUGGUCAUCUACCUUACUAUUUUUUGGUGGAGAGGGGAGUAAAAACAACUAUUUACGUGGUAGAAAUUCACAAAUGAAUUCAUCCAGAAAAGACGCAUUUAGUAGAAGAGGACUAACCACUGUGCUCAUUGCAGUUAAUGUCGUGGUUUACCUUGCACAGAUGGCAACACAAGGGAAGCUAAUGCUCUGGGGUGCAAAGAUUAAUAGUCUAAUAGACAGAGGACAACUAUGGAGACUUGUGUCAUCUUCAUUUUUGCAUGCAAAUAUUGGACAUCUCCUGAUCAACUGUUAUUCAUUGAACUCUAUUGGUCCUACUGUGGAGAAAUAUAGUGGUCCUGGAAGAUAUAUGGCAAUUUAUUUCAUCUCUGCAGUUGCAGCUUCAACAAUGAGUUAUUGGUUCUGUAAAGCACCAGCAGUUGGUGCAUCUGGAGCAAUAUUUGGAUUAGUGGGAUCUUAUGCUAUGUUUAUAUUCCGGCAUAGGUACCUAAGUAAUGAAAGUGGUGAAGGUUUGCAGCACGUUGCAAGGAUCAUUAUGUUAAAUGCGGUUAUUGGGCUCAUGUCAAAGGGAAUCGACAAUUGGGGACAUUUCGGAGGCUUCAUAGGUGGAGUUGGAGCAUCAUGGCUUCUUGGUCCGGCAUGGGAGUACAAAAUGCUUACCAAUGAUAAGAGACGAGCUUUUGUCGACAAGGCACCGAUUUUUUCCCUUAUCAAGCCUAAGAGGAGGCCUUCAUAGAUAAAUGUCUGUGUAGAGUACUCUCAUCUCCCACAGACACGCGCGCGUCAUAAACUGUACAAACCCGGAAGGUGAAAUCUGCAUGUUUCUUAACUGAUCACCAGUGAUUUUCUUGUCGCAACUCCAGGAAAAAUUUCGCCAAUCCAAUAGGAAUUACUUGUAACUGAUUGUAAACUUGCGUCAAGGAAUACCCAAAAUCAGUAUGACAUAUAUUGUAUAUGCUUCUUUUGCUUAAUAUUUUUUUAGUGUUUGUUAUGUAAAUUUCACUUUUUAUGCCAAGUUAAA